AUGCCGGCUUUCCCAAAGCCCCGACUUGCGGCUGUCCGUAGUCUAUAUGACCCCUCCGCGUCAACACCAGGACACGUGACGGGCCUCCUAGAUGCCCAGGCGCUGGUCCUCUCCUUCCCGGGCCCAAACUCGGUGACUGGAGAGGAUGUCCUUGAGUUGCACGUCCACGGCGGACCAGCCACCGUGAAAGCCGUGCUGGCUGCCAUCCCCCGCAGCUCGCGCUCGCACUGCAUCCGGUACGCUGAGCCCGGGGAGUUUACCAAGCGCGCCUUCAUCCACGACCGCCUGGACCUCGCCCAGGUCGAGUCGCUCGGCGAUACGCUGGCCGCGGAGACUGAGCAGCAGCGCCGGGCUGCGGUGCGCGGCAACUCUGGGGCCCUCGGCCGAACGUACGAGGAUUGGCGGGAGCAGCUCCUGCUUGCUCGUGGCGAAAUCGAGGCGAUUAUCGACUUUUCGGAGGACCAGCACUUUGAUGACUCACAGUCGGAGUUGCUGGGCAAUGUAACCUCACAGGUUGCCGGUAUUCUACGUGGCAUUGGGCUUCACGAGCAGGGUAGCCAACGGAGCGAGUUGCUGCGGAGCGGAAUCCGCAUCGCUCUGGUUGGCCCGCCCAAUGUGGGAAAAAGCUCCCUGAUGAAUCUGAUAGUGGGGAGGGAGGCAUCUAUUGUUUCCGGCGAGGCUGGUACCACGCGGGAUAUCGUGGAGGCCAGUCUCGACAUACGAGGUUACCUCUGCUCCUUUGCAGAUACGGCUGGGUUCCGGUCCCGGGAGUCGACACCACAUCACGAGGGUCUGAGCUCUGGGCCAAUUGGGGCCGUGGAAGAGGAGGGAAUAAGACGGGCGAAGCAAAAGGCACUGGAUUCCGACAUUGUCGUCGUUUUUGCUUCGAUUGAGAAGGGGGGUCCCGUGGGGAACUUUCUCUUUUACGACGAGGAGACGUUGGACCUCGCGGCGAAUGCCAAGUCGUCCAUUAUUGUCAUCAACAAGAUUGACGGGGUCGACGAGUCCCGGAGGACCGAGCUCAUCAACGAGUUUCGUCACGUCCUUGCAGCAAAGGCCGCGAAGCUAUCUGAGACAGAGAUCCUGGCAAUCUCCUGCCGGGAUGCCCAGUCAGCCACCACCACCGCCAGCAACAACGACCCAGGCGGUGUCCAUUCCGUCACCAACGCCCUCGUAUCACUAUUCUCCCAAAUGACCGAGAUGCCCGUAGAGCUGCAAGACCUCCUGGGGGUGACGGAGCGCCAACGUCAGCUCCUGGCCGAGUGCAGACGUCACCUGGAGAGCUUCGCGGAGGAGGCGCAGGCGCACCGCGAUGACGACGCCGACGUGGGCACGGAUGUCGUCCUCGCGGCCGAGUACCUCCGCUACGCCGCUGACUGUCUUGCGCGUAUCACCGGCAGAGGUGAGGCCGGUGACGUCGAGGACGUGCUGGGCGUCGUAUUCGAGAAGUAA